GGCGUCGACGUUGUAGCAUCCCUGCCUCCUUCUCCGCUGUAUCCAGCGCUGAGCCCAGCCGCAGAGGCCGGGAGCAUCCUCUCCUCUCCCUCCAGUAGUGAGUCUAAAAGCUGAGAACCAUGACAACUCACGUAACGCUGGAGGAUGCUCUGUCCAAUGUGGACCUGCUGGAGGAGCUGCCAUUACCAGAUCAGCAGCCAUGCAUCGAGCCACCUCCAUCAUCCAUUAUGUACCAGGCCAACUUUGAUACUAAUUUUGAAGACAGAAAUGCUUUUGUAACUGGCAUUGCUAGGUACAUUGAACAAGCAACAGUGCAUUCUAGCAUGAAUGAGAUGUUGGAGGAAGGGCAUGAAUAUGCAGUAAUGCUUUAUACUUGGAGGAGCUGCUCCAGAGCUAUUCCCCAGGUAAAGUGUAAUGAGCAGCCAAACCGGGUAGAGAUUUAUGAGAAGACAGUGGAAGUCUUAGAGCCAGAAGUCACAAAGCUCAUGAAGUUCAUGUAUUUUCAGAGGAAGGCCAUUGAACGAUUCUGUGGUGAGGUCAAGCGUUUGUGCCACGCAGAGAGAAGGAAAGACUUUGUUUCAGAAGCAUAUCUACUGACAUUGGGAAAGUUUAUCAACAUGUUUGCGGUCUUGGAUGAACUGAAGAACAUGAAGUGCAGUGUCAAAAAUGACCAUUCUGCUUACAAAAGAGCAGCCCAGUUUUUAAGAAAAAUGGCUGAUCCUCAGUCUAUUCAGGAAUCACAGAACCUCUCCAUGUUCCUAGCAAACCAUAAUAGGAUCACCCAGUGCCUUCACCAGCAGCUGGAAGUGAUCCCUGGUUAUGAAGAACUGUUGGCUGACAUUGUCAACAUCUGUGUGGAUUACUAUGAAAACAAGAUGUACUUGACACCCAGCGAGAAGCACAUGCUCUUGAAGGUGAUGGGUUUUGGUCUGUAUCUGAUGGAUGGAAAUGUCAGUAAUAUUUACAAAUUAGAUGCCAAGAAGAGAAUCAACCUCAGUAAAAUCGAUAAAUUUUUCAAGCAGCUGCAGGUGGUUCCUUUAUUCGGCGAUAUGCAGAUAGAGCUGGCCAGAUACAUUAAGACCAGUGCUCACUAUGAGGAGAACAAAUCCAAGUGGACAUGCACUCAGAGCAGCAUCAGUCCACAGUAUAACAUAUGCGAGCAGAUGGUACAGAUCCGAGACGAUCAUAUCCGGUUUAUCUCCGAACUUGCUCGCUACAGCAACAGUGAGGUUGUAACUGGCUCGGGAUUGGACAGCCAAAAGUCAGAUGAAGAAUAUAGGGAGCUUUUUGACCUGGCUUUACGGGGACUUCAACUUUUGUCCAAGUGGAGUGCACAUGUGAUGGAAGUGUAUUCUUGGAAGCUGGUCCAUCCCACUGAUAAGUUCUGUAACAAAGAUUGCCCAGGCACUGCUGAAGAGUAUGAGAGAGCUACAAGAUAUAAUUAUACCAGUGAGGAAAAGUUUGCUUUUGUGGAGGUUAUUGCUAUGAUCAAGGGCCUGCAAGUACUCAUGGGCCGCAUGGAGAGUGUCUUCAACCAGGCUAUCAGGAACACGAUCUAUGCUGCUCUACAGGACUUUGCUCAGGUGACCCUGAGAGAGCCGCUGAGGCAAGCGGUCAGGAAGAAGAAGAAUGUCCUCAUCAGUGUUCUUCAGGCAAUUAGAAAGACAAUCUGUGAUUGGGAGGGAGGCCGUGAGCCUCCAAAUGAUCCCUGUCUGAGAGGGGAGAAAGAUCCCAAAGGUGGCUUUGAUAUCAAAGUCCCACGGCGAGCUGUUGGGCCUUCAAGCACCCAGCUUUACAUGGUGAGAACCAUGCUAGAAUCCCUCAUUGCAGACAAGAGUGGUUCAAAGAAGACUCUCCGAAGCAGCCUGGAUGGACCAAUAGUUCUGGCUAUUGAAGAAUUCCAUAAACAGUCCUUCUUCUUUACACAUCUUCUCAAUAUAAGUGAAGCCCUCCAACAGUGCUGUGAUCUGUCCCAACUUUGGUUCCGAGAAUUUUUUCUGGAGUUGACCAUGGGUCGUCGAAUUCAGUUCCCCAUUGAGAUGUCUAUGCCCUGGAUUUUAACCGAUCACAUCCUGGAUACCAAAGAACCCUCCAUGAUGGAGUAUGUGCUCUAUCCACUGGAUCUCUACAACGAUAGCGCAUAUUAUGCUUUGACCAAGUUUAAAAAGCAGUUUCUCUAUGAUGAAAUUGAAGCAGAAGUGAACUUGUGUUUUGAUCAGUUUGUGUAUAAACUGGCAGAUCAAAUUUUUGCUUACUAUAAAGCAAUGGCUGGCAGCGUUUUAUUGGAUAAACGCUUCCGGGCUGAAUGUAAAAAUUAUGGAGUGAUUAUCCCUUACCCACCAUCUAACCGCUAUGAAACAUUGCUCAAACAAAGACAUGUCCAGCUGCUAGGCAGGUCAAUUGACUUGAACAGACUUAUCACCCAGCGAAUCUCAGCUGCAAUGUACAAAUCAUUAGAUCAGGCUAUUAGCCGCUUCGAAAGUGAGGAUCUGACAUCCAUAGUGGAACUUGAAUGGCUUUUGGAGAUCAAUCGUUUGACACAUAGACUCUUGUGCAACCACAUGACCUUGGACAGUUUUGAUGCCAUGUUCCGCGAGGCCAAUCAUAAUGUUUCAGCUCCUUAUGGGCGCAUCACGUUGCAUGUCUUCUGGGAGUUAAACUUUGACUUUCUACCUAAUUACUGCUACAAUGGGUCUACUAACAGAUUUGUGCGGACAGCAAUUCCAUUCACUCAAGAACCCCAGAGAGAUAAACCAGCCAAUGUUCAGCCAUAUUAUCUUUAUGGCUCAAAGCCACUCAACAUUGCGUACAGCCACAUUUAUAGCUCCUACCGAAACUUUGUGGGACCUCCCCACUUCAAGACAAUCUGCCGACUCCUUGGAUACCAAGGGAUUGCUGUGGUGAUGGAAGAAUUGCUGAAGAUUGUCAAAAGCCUGUUGCAAGGAACCAUCCUUCAGUAUGUGAAGACCUUGAUAGAGGUGAUGCCGAAGAUUUGCCGCCUGCCAAGGCAUGAGUAUGGAUCUCCAGGAAUCCUGGAGUUUUUCCAUCACCAGCUGAAGGACAUAAUUGAAUAUGCAGAACUAAAGACUGAUGUAUUCCAAAGUCUGAGAGAAGUGGGUAAUGCCAUUCUUUUCUGCCUUCUCAUAGAACAGGCCCUGUCCCAGGAAGAAGUGUGUGAUUUGCUGCAUGCUGCUCCCUUCCAAAAUAUUUUGCCCAGGGUCUACAUCAAAGAAGGAGAACGCUUGGAGGUACGCAUGAAGCGUCUCGAAGCCAAAUAUGCCCCACUUCACCUGGUUCCCUUAAUAGAGAGGCUGGGAACUCCUCAGCAAAUAGCCAUAGCUCGUGAAGGAGACUUGCUGACCAAGGAGAGGCUGUGCUGUGGGCUGUCCAUGUUUGAGGUUAUCCUGACCCGCAUUCGGAGCUACCUUCAAGACCCUAUCUGGCGUGGGCCUCCCCCAACCAAUGGCGUCAUGCAUGUUGAUGAAUGUGUUGAAUUUCAUCGGCUCUGGAGCGCCAUGCAGUUUGUAUACUGCAUUCCCGUUGGAACAAAUGAAUUCACUGCUGAACAGUGCUUUGGAGAUGGCUUAAACUGGGCUGGCUGUUCAGUCAUAGUUCUUCUGGGGCAACAGCGUCGUUUUGAUCUUUUUGACUUCUGCUAUCACCUGUUAAAAGUGCAAAGACAGGAUGGGAAGGACGAAAUCAUAAAGAAUGUGCCACUUAAGAAAAUGGCCGACAGGAUCAGGAAGUACCAAAUUCUGAACAAUGAGAUUUUUGCCAUCCUGAACAAAUACAUGAAAUCAGUGGAAACAGACAGUUCAACAGUUGAGCAUGUGCGUUGCUUCCAGCCCCCCAUCCAUCAGUCCUUGGCCACAACAUGUUAGCUUUUCAGCUCUGGAAAUACAGUGUGAAGAUUUCUGUCUUUCCAUUGGAUAUUGGUGAGAAAGAAGUGGUUGGACUCCAGCAAAGACCUGGAAGCCAAACAGCUGCAAACACAGGUCUCGCAACAAAGCAGACGUGGGUGGAUCCCAUACACAAAGAUGCAUUUCCUAGAAAACUCAUUUGAAUGCAUGUUCUUCUAUAUCUUUCUGGUUGGCUUUACCUAUAGUAUGGAAACUAUGGUGAGAAAAAGCAGAAGGUGGCUUUUCUCCUGUGGUUUCUUCUAUUUUCUUGACAACCCAUAAUCACCUGAUCAAGCACAAAAAUCUGCAGCCCUUAAAACGAUCAUUAUUUUGGAGAUUUCAGUUAAAGGAGCCCACAUUUCAAAAUGUUGCAAGUCUUCCACUUGGUGCACAGUGAAACAAUAGUUUUGCUUGAUAAAACCUUUGGUUUUGUGAUAGAAGUGCUUAAACAUUUUGAAAUAAUGAGUUUCUCCCAUUGCAGGUGAUACAGAGCAAGCAUAAUCUUGUUUUAGACUCAGAAUAGCAUAUAAUUGUCCACCUAGAAUCGGCAGGUUUUUGCUAUUAUCAUCAUCUUUCCUUCUAGAUUUAUUUAACUUUGUUAAGCCAAAUUUGGAGUUAGUUUAGCAGUGGAAUAUUAACAAACAAAUUUUCUCAGUUUGUGCAUUGAUUGACUUUGCUGUGGAGCAGAGAAAAACAAAGUGAUGCCUUCUUUUCAAUCCCUUUCUUGACCUGAUUACAUCUGAGCUAAUAUUUCUUUCUCAGUGUUAGUAUUAUAGACAGUUAUUGUCUGUUUGGGAUAAACAUUGUAAUGGCCUCAGCCCUCAGUGAAGUAAACAGGCCACAUCUUCUUGGAAAGUGUAUUGGAAAUGUAUUUCAUGUAUUGAGCUGGGCAUCUUUUCUUCUUAGGAAUGCUUUUAGUAGAAGAAUGAGAUUAUUAUAUUUCUGUAUUCCUGAAAAUGGUUGAUAAUUAGUUCAAGAUUAUAUAUCCCAAGUUUAGCAAUCAAAAGGAAACAUUCUUAGGAAUACAUGCAACAAAAUUUUUGUUCUAAGCCAUAGCUUGUCUGCCUUUAAUAUGUAUGAUUCCAGUGAUACAUGGAUUUCCAAUAGUGUAUUGAAAAAUGGAUAAGCUUGUAGAAUGAAGGGGACAGGUAAUCUGAGAACACGUGUGUGCUCCUCACUUCAUAACAGUCCUCUGACAAUCUACGCAUCCAGAAGACAAGUCUAGGUAAUUUGGAUGAGAGGAUAAUGCACACAAUCAGGAGAAGUAAGUCAGAUACUUUCCACAAGAGAUGUGUAUAGGAGAAGGAACGCCUUAGAAAAACAAGAUCAGGCAAGGAUGGUGAAAGAGAAACAGAAUUAUUAAAUCAGUCACGACUCUUCUAUCUGAUGAGAAGAUCUUUGGGACUCCAAAUAUGACAGUAAAAUAGACUCUGAGGGUAAAAGCCACCCAGUUUAGCAAGUCUAAUUACCCAAGCAGAACUAGUUUAAUUACCAAAGUGCAAGUGUGUAUCAAGUCAUAAAAGGAAAGGGAGGAUCUCUUAACAUCUUAAGAGAAUAAUUUAUUUCUGAGUUCUUUUGAUAUACCACAAGGGACUUGAUAAAACUCAUCAAGCAAGUUCCCCUGUAACUGUCCAGGGCAGAAAGAGGGGUUUCAGAAUUGAAGUCCUGUAAUAUUUCAGUUGUUCAGAUUAAUUUCCUGCAAAGAAAAUAGAACGAGUUGCUCUAUAGUUGCUUACAGUUUCAAAAUUAAGGGUAAAAAAUAUUAAAGAUUUGGUAAGUUUUCCUUGCUUUUUGAGAACUGCAAAGGGUACAGUGCAUUAAAAGGUUUCCCUACGUACAGUGAAUGAGAGUAGUGCAAGGCAAUAGUUCUAUUUAUCUCAUGGAGGUUUGAUCAGUAGAACAUCCUGGUAAUUUGUUGCCAGUGCCACCUUAAGGUAAUGAUCUGUGAAAUUCUUGGGGUGGAGGUGGGAGGGGGGUGUUCCCUGAUUUUUAGCCUGUGAAAAAUAAAGCCAGGCUCUUCCAGUGUCGGAGGGUUCCCAGAACAUUUAACAGUUGUUCCAGCCUCUUCCAGAAGAGUUGGUUCUUGACCUUAUCUUGUUCAAGACCAGUUUUGCCAAAUCUGCUGCCCUCCAGAAUUUUGGCCCCAGCCCUGAUGAGAAGAUGCCAAAUUUGGGCAAUCUGACUAAGAUUAUUUCCAUUUUUUAGAUCUCAGACACUUUCAUCUGUGCUUUUUCUUCUUUAUUUUAUCAUAAAACACAUAUUUAAUUACUGUUCAUCACAAAUGUGCCAGGUGUUAUUAGGCCAGAAUCUACUAACAUUUUUCUAUUUGAUAAAAAUAGAUGAAGUAGAAUAGCUUAAUGCUCUCUGUCUUCAAUCCUGGAAGAACAUUCUGUCUUAAGAAACAGCAGCGGCGUAAAAUUAUUAGUGCUAAGUAUGUGGCCUUUCUCAAAUGCCUUCUUUCCACUGAAGAUUUACAUCUCUUUAUACAGAAAUUGAUGAAAUAAUAUUUUUUCACAUACCAUAUCUGUUUGCCAUUUAUUAAGUACUGAGGUAGCUAUUCAAAUGGUAAGAUAUGUCAGCUUGUUUCAUGCAACAGAAAACCAUGCUAUCAGCGCCACUAAGCCCUCUACCCAAGAACACCAAAGCAGAUAUUCACACAGUUUGCUUAUUUGUACUGAGAUCUUCACACAGUCACCUGUACAUACAGUAGGAUGCUUUUCAUAUGAGCUCAAACCUGCCAUACCAGAUUCCAGGCUGAGUAGAAAUCAACGUGUACAGUUGUAUGUGUGAAAACGUUUUCAUAACAAAUAGUACAUUGGAUGUGCAGAUGUCUGGUUUAGUGUAGUAUCCCAGGUGUGAUGCUGGGGCAGGGCUUAUCCUCAACAUUCCUGCAAGGGAUUGUAGUGGUUAAAUAGGGUUCUCUUGUACUGAUGGAGUUAUGAAAGGCUCAUAGAAUUAAUCUGCAGACUCCUUACAUAGACAGCAGAGGUGAACAAAAGAGUACAGAGGGGGGAAAUGCCCUACUGCAUUCAAUCCUAAAUUUCUGCUGGAACAGUUCAAGUGUUUUGUAAUUUUUAUGGAAAGCAAAUACAGUACUGCCAGCAUUCCUUAACAGCACUGUUUCUACCGUAGUAAGCCUUGAUUUCAAACUUGAAUAUGUUCUUGUGGUUGAUUUUGAAUUCACUUAAUGAAAUAGACAGGUCUGCUGCUCCUCAUUCUUUUCUUUUUGAUUACUAUUAUUCUUACAACAUUCAUUAAAUAUAAUAAAAUAAACAGAAAUACAGUUACCCAUCAGAGCUUGAUAGUAUCACAGUUCUAAAUGUUCCAUUAAUGUUCAAAACAAAUGUCAUCCCAAAGCAUCUGCUGAAGGAUUGAUACAGCAUUGUUUUCUGGAGAAGUGUCUAGAGGAGGGUAAUUCUAAUAAGCAUUUUCAGUCAUGUGAAUUAGGUUUGUUGAGGUCGGCUCCCAGAUUAUACUUUUGUAGUACUAUUACAAACUCAAUCACUCCUUGAAAAAAAUCAGUGCUGUUUGUGGGGAAAUCCUAAAUAUUAUCGGUAUGGUUGUUCUAGUGAAAAGAAAAGCAGGAUUGAGUUGAAGGUAGUCAGUCUAGUCACUGAGUGUGAGAGAACCUCAGAGUAAGUUCAAAUAUAUUUCUCUCAGGUUUUUGUUUAAAUAAUGCUGUCCAAAGUUGAUCCAACUGCUAGAAACUUUUUUCUCUGAGAUUUUGUUCUCUGAAUGACUUGCUGCAUGUUUGUAUUGGACUUUGUAGAAUGCUGUUCUAGUUUUCCCUACUGUCAGAUACAUAACAGAAUUUUAAAAUGUAAGGUACUCAUCUCAGACUAUAUGCUAAGAUACUCCAAAGUUCAUGAGAACAUGAUUUCUGUCUCAAAAAAAAAAAAAAAGGCAAUAUAAAGUUAUCUGUAACUCCACAAGGCCUAAUCAUGAGCAUUCUGCCAUGUUACAUUAGUCCCCAUACAGACAUAUAGCACAAUUGCUUGCCUUUGUGGCGUGUUUUGAUUCAUGCAGAGGAGUAGAAAUCUUGGUUGUGGAUAAUGCUUUUUGAUAAUGAAGCGUGUUUUUGAAGUUCAAAUGUGCACCUACUUUUUUUAUACAAAGUGGUGUUUUUCACUUACCGGAAGUUGGGCUGAUAAUAAUCUAAGUACAAAACCAUAUAUUUAUUUUCUUGUGAGAAGGAAAAGAUGAUUUUCAAUAGGCCAACAACAGGAAGAAGGAUUGAGAGGCCCUAACUACCAAUUUUUCAGUUUUUUGCCACCUUCAAGGUUAAUUUUUGACAAAAAAAAAUGUUUUGGUGCAUUAAACUAUACAACCACAUAUAACAUGUAGUUUGGUUGGUAAUCAUUCCUCAUGGGAAUUAGCAAGCUACAAAAAUGCAUUAGUCCUCUAAACUAAGAAAAGUAAUAAUAUAAAAAAGUAAAGAAAAGAAAACUUACCUUCAAUAAGUUUUAGUUCCCUCUGGCUCAAUUAGGCUAUCAUUUUGCUUUUAAUGAUUUGAAAUGAAAAACAAGUGAUUUGAAAUAAAAUGUGCACUUCAACCCUAUUCCUUUCCCCAGCAGCACUUGUCAGUUAUAUCAGUGCCCAUAGUAAUUCCCCUGCUUUUCCAUAUUACUCUGCUUUUCAUUAGUAUUUGGAUAUUUGAGAACAUAAACACAAUCUUUUUUUUAAAAAGGAAAAUAUAAGGAAAAUCUUUGUGUAAUUCUUCCGAAUGUAUCCUGUUUGUAUGAAAAAUGUCCAAGUUUUUUUGUACAAUGAUUCUACAUUUAUUUAUGGUGCAGUAUAUUUACAGCAGUGAUCAGCUAUAGUGUUUGAAUCAUAUUUGCUAAGCAGCAAAAAUGGUAUAUAUUGUUUUAUAUCUUUUGUUCCUUCAUCAUUGGUCAACAGAGGUUUUUGUUGCUGUUCCAAAUGCUUCUCUAAUAAUAAGAUACCUUGAGUGUGAUGACAUGAUGAUGACCUGUGUUGCAAUUUCAAACAAUGUGUACAAUAAAGUUGGGAUGAAUCUUA